GUCGAUAGGGAUUGGGUUAGGCGAGAAUACGACAAAGUCCCGAGACUACAACUAAACCCUUGGAUCCCCUCACACCACCACCUUGUACACAAUGAGCGUCCGGGUAGUCGCGCGAGUUCGACCUCUUCUCAAAUCGGAACGGGAGUUGGAUGUCAUCCUGCGCACAGGUUCAUCAACCCAGGCAGUGCCUGGCAAGAGCGACAAAACAAGUUCCCAGGAGAAAGGAGGAUUGGCGGCUCUGAGGGAUAGGGAUACUCUCGUACGAAUCCCGAACCCGAAGAAUGAGAGCGAAGAGUACUCGUUCCAGUUCAAUGCUGUCUAUGAUGCGGAAGCUUCGCAGCAGGAGCUCUUCGAUGCAGAGGUUGCUCCUACUGUCAAGCACCUUUUCAACGGCUUCGAUGUAACGCUAUUCGCCUACGGAGUCACAGGAACCGGAAAGACGCACACCAUGCGAGGCGGUAAAAGCCUGGCUGAUCGUGGCGCUAUUCCCCGUCUUCUAAGCAGCAUAUACAGGCGCAGCCGAAAGAUGGAGAAGGACAGUGGUGGAGAGACCUCGGUCAAUGUUUCGCUAAGCUACUACGAAAUCUACAACGACAAGGUCUUCGAUCUAUUCGAGCCCCCGGAGAAGAGAACGCUGGCGGGACUACCUCUUCGAGACAACGGUGGGAAGACAGUCGUCGUGGGUUUGACGGAGAGGCCAUGCCACAGUCUGAAGGAGUUUGAAAGCUUGUAUGAUCAGGCCAAUACUAAUAGAUCCACAUCUGCGACAAAGCUGAAUGCCCACUCAUCGCGGUCUCAUGCCAUCCUCUGCGUGCGGGUCGCGAUCAGCACCGGGGAUAAAACGCGCAUUAGCACUGCAUCUGCGAUUGACCUUGCUGGUUCCGAGGAUAACCGCCGGACGGACAAUGACAAAGAGCGUAUGGUUGAGUCGGCUAGUAUCAACAAGAGCCUUUUUGUCCUGGCUCAGUGCGUGGAAGCAAUCAGCAAGAAGCACUCGAGGAUACCAUAUCGGGAGUCAAAGAUGACGAGGAUCUUGUCAUUGGGUCAGAACAAUGGACUGACCGUGAUGAUCCUCAACCUGGCGCCGGUCAGAUCCUACCAUUUGGACACAAUAAGCUCGCUCAACUUCGCCAACCGCACGAAGAAGAUCGAAGUGCGCGAGGUGGAGAAUGAACCGAUGUUCAAGGGGCCUCCACGACCAGCGGCGCGGCCUUCGAUGACAACUCAGCGGCAACCUCUGCGACCACUGACAGCUUCUGUGAACGUGAACCUUACUGCAGCAGCAAAGGACAAGGACACGACCAAGACACUCGAAAAGCCUGCGAAGGCCUUCCAUGUCUAUUCGGAUAAGUCACAUUCGAGGAUCACAGCGCAGUUCAAGAAACCCGACGCUCCCAAGCGAACCUCUUUGAGUUCCGAUAUUUCUCGUCUUUCAAAGCCCACGCGUCCCACCCAGCUUGUGCACCAGUCACAAAUGCAUUAUGAUGACAUCUCCGCCGCCAAGAUUGAGGAGAUGGUUGAGAAGAAGGUCGAAGAGAUUCUGGCCGUACGAGCUGUCAGCGAGCAAUCGAGGCAAACGCAGGUCCGCGAACUCAACGAGCAAGUCCAACGGCGCCUGGAGCUCCUCGAGCAACGCAUUGAGGGCACCGAAGACGCAAGAGCCGAAGGGCUGUCGUAUUUGCUCAUGGCCAAGCAACAUCAAGCUCGUGGCGAGGAUAGCUUUGCGCUGCGGAUGUACCAGCUAGCGCUUCCAUUCUUUCCUAAUAACGAGAAGCUGUCCACGAAGAUCGCUACCUUGAAGGAGCGUAUCCAGGGCAAAUCCCGCCAGGAUGCUGACACCACCGGCACCAUUACUCUUCCAGCAGCGAAGCCGGAGCUUGGCAGCAUGCUCUCCAUCAAGAAACCACCCGCCAAGACCAACCUCAAGCGACUCGCCGAGGACUCCGACGCGGACUACGAGGAACAAGAAGAAGUAGCCCUCGAACAAUUUAGCGACGAGGAUCUCGAAGAAAUCGGUCCCUCAAGACGCAAGAAGCGCACGAGGACCAACACCUCAAUCAACGAUGAUGUCGACAUCAAUGAGCAACCCCCCUCCCCCAGAACAAUCCAUCUCCUCUCCAUCAUCAACUCCCGGGACAUCAGCCAGAUCAAGCUGCUGAAAGGUGUGGGCGUCAAGAAAGCCGGAGCCAUCGUCGACUGCCUAUGUGAGAUGGACCAACAUACAGGCAGCCCCGACGACGAGGCACGUGUCCACAUCAACAGUCUUGCGGAACUGAGCAAGCUCAAGGGGGUCGGCCUUAAGAGCGUUCAAAGCAUGCGAAACGGAGUUCUGGUGUAAACCGUACAGGUAUCCACUGUUCAAGCUGCAUUUUCCGGAGCCUGGGAUAUCAUUUCUAUAUACAUUGUCUGCUUGUCUGCCUUGUUGCAUUUUCAACCUUCAUUGCGUGCUACUACAUACCUGUCUUGUUUUGGUUAUAUUUGCCCAUUCAUUGUACUUGAUUCU